UGCAUCUUAGCUUAAUUUGUUUAUUUAGGGGUGGGAGAGAAAAUGAGGAGACAAAGAUUUGUGAUAUUCCCACUGUUGGCUUUUGCACUGAGCCUGUACGUGGUGGACGUGGAGGGGGCGUCGUCACUGCAGCCGCCGGUGAAGCUGGUUUGGCAUUACUAUAAGGUGCAUAACACGUGUGUUAAUGCAGAGGUUUAUAUCCGGCACCAAGUGGAAAAGUUCUAUAAAAGGGAUAAAACUAUUGCAGCUAAGCUUCUCCGGUUACAAUACUCGGAUUGUUUCGUUACUGGGAGUGAUGGUUCAAUCCUGCUAGAUGGCCCAAAAUCAGAGAAGACUGCACGGCAGAACAGGCGACUUGGAGGGUUCGCUUUUAUCGACAAGAUCAAAACCGUACUAGAAGCUCGGUGCCCCGGGGUGGUCUCUUGUGCUGACAUUCUCAACCUUGCCACCCGAGACGCUGUUCAUUUGGCAGGCGCACCAUCUUAUCCUGUACUUACAGGGCGGAGGGACGGCAUGACAUCUACCGCAGCAUCGGUUGAUCUCCCCUCACCAUCCAUCUCAUGGGAAGCUGCUCUCGCAUAUUUCAAAUCAAAAGGCUUGGAUGUGUUGGAUAUGGCAACGCUUUUGGGAGCACAUUCCAUGGGGAAAACAAACUGUAGCUACAUCGAGGAUCGGCUGUACAAUUUCAAUAAGACAGGAAAGCCAGACCCAAGCAUGAAGGCAUCGUUCUUGGCAAACCAGAGAAAGCUAUGUCCGCCGCGAUUGAAGAAGGGCCAAAGCUACCCGCUGGUUUUUCUGAACCCAGCAUCUGGCCCCAAAUAUAGUUUCAGCAACUCCUACUACUCCAGAGUCUUAACCAAGGAAGCUGUCCUGGGAGUUGACCAGCAGCUAUUCUUUGGUGAUGAUACUAAGCAAAUCACCCAAGAAUUUGCUGCAAGCUUUGAAGAUUUUAGGAGGUCAUUUGCUCUUUCCAUGAGUCGAAUGGGAAAUAUCAAUGUGCUAACUGGAAAGGAAGGAGAAAUACGCAAAAAUUGCAGAUUUACAAAUAAAUACAAUCCCAGCAAAAACUAGGCGAGUCACUCUGCUGGGGGAAGAACAAUCUAUAAUCAUAAAUUAUAGGGAUGAUUGUCAUUGGAAAGCAAAUUUUCUUGGGUUUAAGGUAUGGCAGAACAUCAAUAAAAACAACAUGAUGGAAAAACUAUUUUCUUUCCACAAAUAAAAUUGUAUAACUUUUUCAAUCCUGGCCUACACUGUC